AUGUCUGGUGAAGAAGGAAACGGUUUACGCGUAGUUGGUAGUGUCGUUGGUGCUCCAGUUAAUGUUGUUCGUGGUACUCUUGAUGCUGGCAGUGUUACCAGCGUCGCUGCUGGUGUGGUUGGUGGCGUUGGAGGUGCUGUUGCUGGUGCUGGUGUUAAUGCUGUUAAAGGUGUUGGUCGCAUUUUCUCUAGUCUCUUCGGAUAUUGA